CCUCUGCGCAUCUUCACUCCCUGAAGCCUUGCAACUUCAUCUACAGUCGUUUAAAAUCGGACGCGAAGUCAACAUGGCGAAGAGAAUAUACUUUCUAGCCCAUGGCGGUCAAGUACAAGGUGUCGGAUUCCGGUACUUUACGCAAAAGAGAGCCACAGAGUAUGGUCUCACGGGAUGGUGUCGCAACACUGAUAACAACAAGGUUGAGGGAGAGGCGCAAGGUGACGAGGAUGCACUGAAGAAGCUGCUUAAGGACAUUGACGAGGGACCGAGAUCCGCCAGAGUUGUGAAGCUUGACCAGGAGGAGAGAGAACUUGUUCAGGACGAAAAGGACUUUGCGGUACGACGAUGAGUUAUCGCUUGAGUGACUUCUCUUCGAUGAACAAGGUUGGUAAGAAGACUAGGAUUGAGAGGGGUGGGUGAUGAAAAGGGGCAGGCCAUUGGCACGUUACCUUUAUUAUCACCUUAGAGCCUAUGGAUGUGUCUCAACAACUUUCUUUGCCAGGAGGGGACCUGGCUUGCCUAGUAACACGAUAAGCAUAUCUCGAUGACAGUUGACCCAAUCGAGUAUGCAAUAUACUCACGGCG